AUGAUUUAUAAGCUCGAACCAGUAACACUCAUCCGUACAGAUUUUGAGUGCAUUAUUCAGCAAAGCGCAAGUAGCGCAAGUAUGGGAAAGAACGAUCAGUAUUAUGCGGUUGCACGUGGCCGUCAGGUCGGCAUCUACCGUAACUGGAACGAUUGUAAAACGCAAAUCGACGGGUUCCAGAAUGCGAGAUACAAAAAGUUCGUCAACGAAGCUGAAGCCCGCAAGUUUAUCGCUGAAAAUUUGAGUGUUCCCGGAAAAAAGCUGCCCACAUCAACUGUCAUGCCCGCGAGUUCUACAGAAGUGACAAGAAAAAGAAAGUUUGAAGGAACGAAAAGAUGUUCGCCGGUUAAAAAGACAAGACUGGAAGAAACAGUCACUGAUCCUGAAUUUAUUGAUGCUCCUGUAGUCUACACAGACGGUGCUUGCUCUUCGAAUGGAACAAAUCGUGCUCGAGCUGGAUGGGGAGUCUACUGGGGAGAUGACAGUCCAGACAAUGAGUAUGGAGCAGUCUAUGGAGCACCAACUAACAAUAGAGGAGAGCUCAUUGCAGUAGAAAAAGCAUUAGAAAAGGUGAGAUCAGAAUAA